CGCGCCCUGCUCUGCCGCCGCCGCAGCCUCCGCCGCCGCGGCGCCCCCGCCCGGCUCUCCGGGUUCACUCUCGGUCUCUCACUCCGUGAGACACAGACGGUAGCUUUCCGAACGAGCGGGGCACAGGCUGAGGCGGCGCCAGCACAACUGCCGCCGCGCGCCCCGAGGAGACCUGGGCACGAGGAAACAAGGCGAAGCCAGGACUCCUUCCCCCGGGCCGACCGGCAGCUCCGCGCCCCAGCGCGACACGCUUCGCAGCCACUUCGCGGGGCGGGCCAGGACUUGGGGACGCGGCUCGGGAAGAGCCGGGGCGGGCGGCGGCGGCACCGGCGCGAGGGUGCGCGCACUGGGACUGGAGAGGAGUGAGUGGUGGGCUGGGCGGCGGCGGCCGUAGCCGCGGGUGCCUCCCCGCCUCACCGCUUCGCAGGCAGUACCGCCUCCCGGGCCGCGGCCGCCCGGCCGGGUCCUCUGCGCGUUCCCGGGCCCGGAGCCGGCACACGAUGCCCCCGGCUGCGUUCUGAUCGCCGCCGCGCCUCAACCUCUGCCGCGAUGAUCCCCCCUGAGCAGCCGCAGCAGCAGCUGCAGCCGCCGCCGCCAGCCCCGCCGAACCAUGUGGUGACCACCAUCGAGAACCUGCCGGCCGAGGGCAGCGGCGGCGGCGGCGGGAGCCUGUCCGCCUCCUCCCGGGCUGGCGUGCGCCAGAGGAUCCGCAAAGUGCUGAACAGGGAGAUGUUAAUCUCUGUGGCCCUGGGCCAGGUGUUAUCCCUCCUUAUUUGUGGAAUUGGCUUGACUAGCAAGUAUCUGUCAGAAGAUUUCCAUGCCAACACACCAGUCUUCCAGAGUUUCCUCAAUUACAUUCUUCUCUUCUUGGUCUAUACCACCACACUAGCCGUCAGACAAGGAGAAGAAAACCUCCUGGCAAUUUUACGACGAAGAUGGUGGAAGUACAUGAUUUUGGGACUCAUAGACCUGGAAGCAAAUUAUCUGGUGGUCAAGGCUUACCAAUACACAACUCUGACCAGUAUCCAGCUCCUGGACUGUUUUGUGAUCCCAGUCGUGAUUUUGCUGUCCUGGUUCUUCCUGCUGAUCCGGUACAAGGCUGUGCAUUUCAUCGGCAUCGUCGUCUGCAUCCUGGGAAUGGGCUGCAUGGUGGGAGCAGAUGUGCUUGUGGGAAGGCAUCAGGGAGCAGGGGAAAAUAAGCUGGUAGGGGACCUUCUGGUCUUAGGAGGAGCCACACUCUAUGGUAUUUCUAACGUCUGGGAAGAAUACAUCAUCCGAACUCUGAGCCGAGUGGAAUUCCUGGGAAUGAUUGGUCUCUUUGGAGCAUUUUUCAGUGGAAUUCAAUUAGCUAUAAUGGAGCAUAAGGAACUGUUAAAGGUGCCCUGGGAUUGGCAAAUAGGACUGCUCUAUGUUGGCUUUAGUGCCUGCAUGUUUGGACUCUACAGCUUUAUGCCAGUCGUCAUAAAGAAAACCAGUGCCACUUCAGUCAACCUCUCUCUGCUCACAGCAGACUUGUACAGCCUGUUCUGUGGAUUGUUUCUCUUCCACUACAAGUUUUCAGGACUUUAUCUCCUGUCUUUCUUCACCAUCCUCAUUGGGCUGGUGCUGUACUCCUCCACCUCCACCUACAUAGCCCAGGACCCCCGAGUGUAUAAGCAGUUCCGCAAUCCUUCAGGACCUGUUGUGGACUUACCGACCACAGCUCAGGUGGAACCCUCAGUCACCUACACCAGCCUGGGCCAGGAGACCGAAGAGGAGCCUCAUGUUCGUGUGGCCUAGGGUGAGGCCCGCCCUGCCCACUGAGGCCAACUCAUUGGCCAUGUUUUUGCCCAUCAUCUCUGUAUUGUACAUAGAGAAAGGUAUUUACUAGGUGCAGUUUACACAGGUGGACUGCAAGGUAGCAAAUCCUCCGAAACCUUGUGAAAGGAACAAGCUCAACAUCACUGGAGACACAGGCUCUAAUCCACCUGACUUGGAAAGAUGCCUAGCUAAUGUGUAUCCUGCUCACAACUCCCCUGCAUUCAUUACUGUGAAAAUUUUUGAAUCAAAAGCAAGUAUUAUUAUGAUUUGUAUUGUUAUUAUCAUUGUUACUGUUAUUACACCAACUUUCAGGAGGAUGUUUUGUACUCCUGAUGGAAACUAUUGCCAGACCCACAUAUAGUCAACAUAAACCCCACUUUUCUAUGGCAAUUCACUUUUUAAGAGUCAUACUUUAUUUUUUUGCACAGACUAUAUGAGUGAUGCAUGCCACAGGAGCUCCACCCCUGAGAAGUUUCCUUAUCCUAGGGACCUGGUGGUUAAUGGUUUCCUCUGUUACCUGUUGGAUAGCCUGCUCAAUAAGUAUUUUGUGCUGUGACCUUUGUGGGGAGGGGCAACUGACCAUAUAAUUCUCUAUUCUAGGAAUAGAUAUAAAAGAAACAUUUUAGCCUUUUUAUAUUUCGAUCUCUGAUUACUCCAGGCCAUUGCCUUUCUGUUGUGCCACGUGAUUCUGCUAAUCAAGUCCCUGUAAUAACAGGAUAAGGACUGUUCCAUUUCUGUGGCUUUUGGGAGCCCCCAGAAAUAAUAUCAUUUGUGUUUAGGACAAUAUAUAAUUACAAAAUCUUUCUGUCCCUCCCCGUAGCCUCUCUUCAAAAACUAUGUUUUAUUUUUUUUCCAGAUUUCCUUAGUGAUAAUAUGGAAAUUAAUCAAGGCACUGGAAAAAGCCAUGGUCCUCUGCCCUUUUAAUUCUGUGACACCUUUUUAAAAAUACACCAGCAUGGAAAUUACCUUUAUUGUGGAAAAUCAUUGGUUGUGCCACCUCCUAACAAAGUCAAGGUGCUGAUGUGGAGCAGUCUUUGAAAAUGGCUUCAUUGAGCUGGCCACUUUGCAGUGGUAAUGGUGUCAUCAUUGAAAAAGUCUGGCAUUUUGGUCAUAUUUGGCAUCCAUUCGAUAACAGAUACAUUGACACGACAUUCUUUUUUUUUUGAGAUGGAGUCUCACUCUGUCGCCCAGGCUGGAGUGCAGUGGCGCGAUCUUGGCUCACUGCAACCUCCGCCUCAGGGAUUCACGCCAUUCUCCUGCCUCAGCCUCCCGAGUAGCUGGGACUACAGGCGCCUGCCACCACGCCCAGCUAAUGUUUUGUAUUUUUAGUAGAGACAGGGUUUCACCGUGUUAGCCAGGAUGGUCUCGCUCUCCUGACCUCAUGAUCCGCCCGCCUCGGCCUCCCAAACUGCUGGGAUUACAGGCGUGAGCCACCGCACCCGGCCGACACGACAUUCUUAUGAACACAGAGAAUACUGCAGGAUCCUGAUAAAACCUUGAGUGAUAUGUCACUAGUCUAAUCUGUUGCCCUUAAAAUAUCCCUUUUUUCAAACACAGGAAAUUAAGAAACACCACAGACCUCUAUUAUUUAGAAUAGAUUCUGUGUGUCAGUAUGUGAUGUACUCUUUUAGUUUGACUGACUUCAAUACCAUUCAAAAAGAUCCUCAAUGGAGUUACAGGGUUUAUAGGGGAAAAAUACAUGUUUAUGAGACAUUGGGCAAUUCAAAUCAAUAUAUGUUACACAAGCAAGCAAAGCAAAACCCAUUGGUGUCUCUGGAAAGUAAAAGGACAGACUACAGUAGAAGGACUGAUCCCAGAGUGCCUGUACAAGGCCUAAAUCUGGCAGGCAAAAGCAUCCCACACUGUCUGUGAGCACCCACAGGUAAGUGGACCUACCCUUGGAGAUGGAGAAGAAAAAUUAUCUUCUCUGAUAUUCGGAUGUAAUGGUCAUCUCAGUUCAGCCCCCAGGAAACAUGUUUUAUUUUCCAUGGGGAAAAUAUCAGCGUUAAAGCUCUAUCAAAUCAAAACAACUUUGCCAACAUUUUCUCUCUGCUACCUUUUAAACCAAUUAAAUACCUUUCUCUGAAUAUUUUGUCCAUUCAGAUCCGAAGACCUUUAAAGACUGUGGUUUUAUUUUUGUGUUUACAUUCCUUUGGUUUGAAUAAUUUGCUUGAUUUAUUGCAUUUUUAGUAUUUAUUUUAAGCCAGAUGUUUUCGUCUUUGAUUCAUUUUUAUGACAUUAAUUUGUAGACACUUAGUAAAGUCUUAUGAUAAGCAAGUGGAUGAAAUUAUCUCCAAGUCCACUCAGUAGACUGGAGUUUUUUAAAAAUAUAAAUUUCCAAAAAGUUUGCAAUCAACAGAUGGCUAAAGGUUGCCAUCUGAGUUAUUUUAUAGGAUAUUUUAAUCGACUCCAUUGUAUGGAAACCAAGUGUGAAUGUUAAGAUGAAUUCGCCGUAUACCCUUUAUCAUUCAGUGUCCUUGUACUCAGACUUUCAUGUCCCUGGGUGACCUCAAUGUGUUGGUUUGUCUCCAUUUAGAAAGGUUGAUAAUAUAUUGAAUUGUUCAAGAUCAGGAGUUCCAGACUGACCCUUCAGGAAAAAAAAAAAAAUUGCAAAGAACAAAUUCUUUUUCUGUGUAAAAAACACUGAUCCUUUGGGAAUGGGGCGGGAAACGGGAGUAGGACAACAUUAACUUUAGCUGUUUUAGUUUCUGAGAUUUCAUAACCUCAGUAGACACCAGCAAAAUGUUCAGUUUUUAAGUCCACCACCAAUCUCUCCUCAAUGAAUAAGACUUUAGCAAUUUGUAUAGAAUUUGGUCAGGUAAGAGCAAACCACAAUUCUCCUAAACCCUGCUAGAGAUUAAGUGGUGGUUCUCACUUCCUCAAUGAAAACUUGCACUGGGGACAGCGCUUGCCUUGGUCAGACCUUCCCACAUCUAUAUACUCUCAAAUACAUGACCAGGUGACCAAGCAAUGGAAAAAUUUGCACCACCAUGUCCCAUGAAAUUGUUUCAAUGUUUAGUUUAGAUAUUGCUAACUCGUGCUAUUAACCUUUUGACAAGCGUGUAGUAUUGUUUGGUUUGGGUUUCUUUUUGAUUUAUAACUAUUUAGUAGUCCCCAGCUAGCUACCAGUACAGAUUUUACCCCAUGGGUAGGAUUCUAUUGUUAAGCCACAUAACACAGCACACUAAUUCUGACAACACUGCAAAUGGAAAAUACGAACCAAAAAAAAUUUACACCGAUAAGUUCAACAAACUGUCCAUUUUUGAUAUUUGCAUGCUCCCCUAUGGACUGGCUGUGGCAAUGUAAUGCCUGUAUAAUGUUUUCAAAUAAAAAUAAAUGCUUUAUGAAAGCACCAAA